UGCUAUCUCUCGAUCUCUAGCUACAUCUUCAGAUAGUAUGCCUGAAUGUCCAGAGAAAGGGAGAGAUUUGAAGAGAUAGGGAAGAAGAUAAAGAGAGACAUAGAUGCAUCAUCAACAAUUCAUCACCAUCAUCAUCAUCAAUCGACCGGAAUAAGCAGGAGUAGACACCAUCAUCAUAUGUUAGGGGGGCUUCCAGGUGGAACAGCCCUAAACACCAUCACACCUUGUGCCGCCUGUAAACUGUUACGCCGUAGAUGCGCUCAAGAAUGCCCCUUUUCCCCUUAUUUCUCCCCUCAUGAACCUCAAAAGUUUGCUUCUGUUCACAAAGUUUUUGGUGCUAGCAAUGUCUCUAAGUUGCUCAUGGAAGUACCGGAGAAUCAAAGAGCCGACGCAGCAAAUAGUCUUGUUUACGAAGCGAAUGUAAGGCUAAGGGACCCCGUUUAUGGAUGCAUGGGUGCGAUUUCAGCUUUACAACAUCAAGUACAGUCUCUACAGACCGAAUUAAACGCGGUAAGAGCUGAGAUCUUAAGAUACAAGUAUAGUACUAGUCAUGACCAUCAUCAUAUCAUUCCUUCAAAUCAUCAUUUAGCUUUGUUUUCUACUGGCGGCGUUGUGGUAUCAGCACCACCACUACUGCCUCCACCAAGUACUCCUCUACCGCCACCUCCACCGCCGCCGCCGCCGCCGCCACAGCCAUCUGCCUCUUCCUCUACUACCAUGUACAACUCACCAUCCACCACGUCCACAGAUUACACUACCAUUACCAAUGACAAUGUCUCUUAUUUCGGUUAAUAAUAUAGAUAUAUAACUUUUGAUCAAUGCUUAAUUUUUCUUCAUUAUUUUAUUUUAAAUAUAUGAGGAUGAUUCACUAUGAAUAAUUAAUCAAUUAAUACUAGAUGAUGUUGAUUAUAUUUAACUAUCAUAUAUUUAUGGCAGACUAUGAGAUGAUGUAUCAUAUAUUAAACCUGACU